AUGCCUCGCAACAACAAGAAACUCAAAGGAGCUCCUGCUCCAGCCCGCUCCCGUGGUCCUGGCAAGCCUUCUGUUCAGCCUUCUCACCUUCCCAAGGGACAGAAUGUAAAUGGUCAGGGUCAGGGUCAGGGAAAGGGUCAAGACAUGGAAACAGUCGCUAAGAAGGGUUCUGUGCAGGCGAAUCAAAGGCCUAUUGUUCCUUUUUUGAGGAAGGAUCGCGUCCUGCUUGUUGGUGAAGGAGAUUUCUCAUUCGCCCGCUCUCUGGCAACACAAUACAAAUGCCGCAAUCUAUGCGCAACAUGCUACGAUUCCAAAGAAACACUGGAAGGCAAAUACCCGCAUGUGCAAACCACCAUCCAAACAAUUCUAGAAUCCGGCCAAAAAUCCAAGAAAGACACAGAAAUCGAAUCAGAAGAGAAGAACGACAACGACAAGGAUAACGACUCGACACCCACCCAAAAGGCCCCCAAAGUCCUCUUCUCAGUCGAUGCCCGCAAGCUCGGCAGUCCUGGCGGCGGUGCUAAAGAAAUCCGCACAGGCUUCCUCCGCCAUGAACGCAGACGACCGGGCUGGUUCCAGCCCAAAACUCCCGAUGCGCCUUAUCUGCCUGGUGGACCGUGGGAUGUGAUCUGUUUUAAUUUCCCUCAUGUCGGCGGCCUUUCGACGGAUGUCAAUCGCCAGGUUAGGGCCAAUCAGGAGUUGUUGGUUGCUUUCUUCAAGGCUUGUGUGCCUCUUCUUUCUAAGGCGCCGCCGCUUAUGGAUGCCGAUGAGGACGAGUGGGAGGUAUCUGAGUCUGAGGACGAGGAUGACGACGAGGAUGAGGAUGAAGAUGAAAAUGGUGAAGAGGGUCAGGCUGGUGAUGAGACGACUGGGAAGGGCAUUCGGACUGGGCCUGGUCAGAUUCUGGUUACUUUGUUCGAGGCGGAGCCUUAUACGCUUUGGAAUAUCAAGGAUCUGGCGAGACAUGCUGGGUUGAUGGUUGUUACCAGUUUCCGGUUCCCGUGGGCUUCGUAUGAGGGAUACUCGCAUGCGCGAACGAUUGGGGAGAUUGAAGGGAAGAAUGGGGAGAGAGGUGGGUGGAGGGGGGAGGAUCGGGAUGCGAGGAUGUAUGUCUUUGAGGUGAAGGAGAAGCCCAAGUGGAAGCAGAAGCCCAAGUUCAACAAGAAGACGCAGAAGAGGGAGAGAGAAGGCUCAUCUAGUGAUAGCGACUAA